AAUCAGCGGCAACGGCGACCCGCUGCGCUUGCCAAAGAAAACACCACAGAGCGUGAGAGCGAGAGAGCGAGCGCGCGUGCCAAUCUCUCAGAGAAACUGCGCUACCCAAGGCGAGGAAGACUAGCGAGCAAGCAGCGAUCAGUUGACAGCCAGCAACAGAGUAUAUCGGACGUACUGAGAACGCGUGCGCGCCAUAAAGCACUAAAAGUGGAAACGUAUAUAGAUACUAUAUGAGACAAGUUAAACGAUAAGAUAUAUGAACAUUUGCACAACUUAAUAGUUGUACACGCAUAUUUUAUUUAUCGUAAAACACAACAAACUGAUAAAUCGCGCAACGGCAGCAAAAAUAGCAUCUUAAAACUCCAAGAGUCAAAGAGUUGCUUGUAUACGUAUCUAGUGCCAAACUUGUUUUCAACACAUUUUAGCAGAUUGCACGUUAAUUAAAAAAAAAAGAAGCAAAACAAAAUACAUAAAAUAAAACCUUAAACAUUGAAAAAUUCCGCAAGGGAUUGAAUGUGCUCGCGUGUGUGUUUUGUGUUUUUUGCAAUUUGUACUAGUUGAUCUUAUUAUCGCAGCUGUGCUUGUGGUUUAUAUACAACUUGCAAUUGUUGUUGCUGUUGCUUUGUUUUGAACUUUAAGCUGCGAGCGAGUGAGUGCACUUGACAGCAGUCAACAAGAGUCGGAUUAAAUUUACUCAGAGUACUCAGACAUACUGUCUGCUUAGCUUGACGCUUUGACGCUUGACUAAUUGUGCGCGAUCAAUUAUGACGGCGGAGACACUUAAACCGUUUAUAACACCAACGAGUGCCGUUAAUAAUUUCCCAGCCAAGCAGCCAGCAAGCGUAACGCACUCCCAGCGCAGGAGCAAGCAGCUCAUACCCAUUGUGCUCAGCAGCAUUGGCGUGCUGCUGGUCAUAGGCAUCUUUAGCCUAACGAUCUGGCAGACAACACGCGUCAAACAGCUGGAGAAUAAUCUAAAUAGUCUGCAGCGGGAGGUGAAUAGUUUACGACAAAGAUUGGGCAUUAAUUAUCUGGAGGAUUUAGCUGAAUUCCAAAAGGAGUACGCCAACUUGCUCAUACAUGAUCCCAGCAAACUGGACGACAUUGAGAGCGAGGACGAUGACCUAGAGUAUGAGGCGGGCAUGGAUGAUGUUGAUGACGAGGACGAUGAAGAUGGUGGCAAUGAGAAUACCGAUUAUGAUGAAUACUUGGAUUUGGUCAAGCAGGAAAAGGCAAGCACACAGCAGACUACACUGCAGACCAGCACGGAUGAGAACGAGGCUGUGGGAUCCACUUCAUCAGCUUCGAAUGAUGAUAAUGUGUUUGAUGAUUUCACCAGCUACAAUGAAUCCAAAAGGAAACGUAAAGAAAGAAAAUCUCGCUCUAUUGCUGAGCUAAGUCAUGAGCUGCAUAACAAUAAGCUGACUGAGCUGAAGCUGAACAAAACCGAGCAAACUGCCGAGACUGCAGCAGCCCAGACACAUGCUAAGAAAUCUCGUCAACGCAGUCGUCAGAGCCGCAAUCAGCGUCUGCUCAUACGCAAAAGCGACUCUACUGUUUCAGCGAAAUCCAUUGAUUCAAAUGCUAUGACGACAAGCAGCCCCGCCGCACAUUUUCAUUUGAAUCGCAAAUUGUCGCAUCAUGAAGCUCCAAUAAAAAUGCAUUCUUAUCAAGGUGAUAUGUAUAUUGGCCAGGCUACCGCCAGCAGCGAAAAUCAGUGGGAGCAACACUUUAGCGUCAACAAUGGAGUGCUCACUGUACUGCAGCCUGGACUUUACUACAUCUAUGCGCAGAUCUGUUACAACAACACGCACGAUCAGAACGGCUUCAUCAUCUUCCAUGGGCAGAACGCAUUUCUGCAGUGCCUCAACACCGUGCCCACCAACAUGCCACAAAAGGUGCAUACGUGCCACACUAGCGGGCUCAUUCAGCUGCAGCAAAACGAAUCUAUACAUCUGCGUGAUAUACAUCGGGAUCGUAAUGUGAUGCUGCGAGAGGACAACAAUCGCAGCUACUUUGGCAUUAUCAAAGUCUAGAGAAUCUCUCUUGUACUCUCUCCUUAUAACUGUCUCUUACUCUCACCAACUGUCGCUCUCAGUGCAAGCUUUAGUAGUCUCGACUACUCGUGAAUAUACGAAUAUACAGCAAAAGUAGAUUUUAUAGUGAUUAGCUUAGCUUUAGUUGCAUACGAGUACUAAGUAAAUAUAAACAUUAACAUAACCAUACUACAUAUAAAAUAUAUACUAGGCUGCGGGCGAUAUGAUAGCGGAAAAACAUAAGUAAAUUGAAUCUUUGAACAAAUCGAAAUCAAUAUUUAUUUGCUAUACUUUUGUUCAAAAUAAUUCGACUUAUAAAUGAUUUUCUGGCUGCAACUCGUUUUGAUACUACUUUAUGUCAAUUCUCAAUUUGCUUUUGGCAUUCUCAAAACUUGUCCUAGAUGACAACUUGACCAUUCUGCAAAUUUUGUUCACAUAUCAAAUCGCCCCACCCUUGCAUAUACACACAUGCAUAUAAACCAUAUUUAUUUUGUAUAUAUAUCAUUUAUAAAUAAACACUGU